AGAAGACAAAAUGCUAACAACCAGCUGGGAACUAGGAUAGAGGAGUGUUUCAGAUAAAAGUACUGUCAUAAGAACUUGCUGAUAUUCAGUUUUCUAUUCUUAUUUUUUUUAUUAGUUCUUUAGUUACAUAACCACUGUAUGUAUCGCAGUGGUAUACGUUCAGCCCAGCCUCGAUGCUAAAGGAGCGAACCUGCCAAACAGACCAAUAAACACUGUGGUUCCUGGAAGCUAAAUUAGCAGUUGUGCUAACUAGUUAGCACCGAUGAAGAAACCUAACCUCUUUCGGUGUCUCAAACAAGACUGACCAGCUGAGUUAGCUAGCCGCCUCGCUUCACAGAAAGAAUACAACAGAAUGACAGAUGACGCCGUCUUGUUGAAUGUACCUGUCAUUCGGCAGCUGUACCACUGGGACUGUGGGUUAGCCUGCUCCAAGAUGGUCCUCAAGUACCUCCACCCAGUCAGCGAUGAGGAGUUUCAGACAGCCAUCUGGGACUUGAAGCUGACAGAGAGCGUGUGGACUAUUGACUUGGCCUACCUCAUGUGCCAUUUAGGAAUUAAACACUGCUUUUUCACACAGACUCUGGGUGUAGACAAGGGCUUUAAAAAUCAGUCCUUUUAUAAGAAGCAUUUUGACACGGAAGAAGACAGAGUAAACGAUCUCUUCCUUAAAGCAGAGAGUAAAGGCGUUUUGGUGAAGAAAUGUUCUGUGACAAUUCAGGAAAUCCAGUGUCACUUGGAGCAGGGCCACGUUGCCAUCGUGCUGGUCAACGCAGUGGUGUUGACAUGUGAACUGUGCUCCUCGCCUGUCAAAUACUGCUGCUUCCUCCCCGUGGGCCAGAAGUGUUUCUGCAGGAAGCCGGAGUACCAGGGUCACUUUGUGGUUGUAUGCGGCUUCAAUAGGACGUCUGGCAGCAUCUUCUACAACAACCCUGCGUAUUCUGACCGUGUGUGCUGCACCAGUGUCAGUAACUUUGAAGAGGCCCGGCGGAGCUACGGGACAGACGAGGACAUCCUGUUUGUCUUUAAAGAGAGCUGAUGGACAUUGAUCAGGGAAUUGGAUUUUGUUCUUACAGUAACAUGAUGCUGCAGGUGUCCAGUGUAGCGGCAUCUCCCUUUGUCUGCUGUCACAGAUCCACCGGGCGAUUUCUUUCUGGUGCUAAAAAACCCAACCACACGUGCAUCUGUAUAUAUAGAUAUAUGUGUAUAUAUCUAUAUAUAUGGAUAUAUAGAUAUAGAUAUAUUCUAAUACGUCUCAGCUUGUCGGGAUAAGGUGGGGGGUUUUUUUUAUAACAGAUGAGCAGAUUGUUCACAUGAAUUUGAUUAUCUUUGUUGACUUCUACGCUUGGAUCUGUGUGAGCUCAGGAGUUCACACUAUGAACAGAGGAUACAAAUGUGGGAAUCCUGACCUGGAAUAGGAAUUACCAGGAAAUAACAGUGCACACAAGUAGUUGAGGAAUGAUGGUGACGACACGCAUUACGUUCAUUUUAUUUGUCGUGUUCAGAGUCGGUGUGAUGCUGCUUAUGUGCUCCCCCCCUCACCGCCCCACCUCUACUUGCCUUUUAAAGCUCCUUCUGGCUCACUUUUUAUUCAGAUGAUUUAUCAACAGGGAAUACAGGAAGCAGAUGAGUUUUGAGAGUCUCAGGUAAUUAAAGCUCUGACGUGCGGCGUGCUCAGCAAAGGAUCAAUGCAAUACUCUGCUCCGGCUGAAGAACUGAACACUGAUACAAAGAAACAUGCAUCCAACAGUUACAUUCACCUCACUGGGACAAAAAGGAAAACAAAGCGGCUCAGCAGCUCGUGUCCUGGUGUCACAGUAACAUGUUGGUGGGUGAUUGAAAGCAAUGAAUACAAGGUAAUUUGUCCUCAUUGUCACUCAGUUUUAUUUGAAUUUUAAAAGUUGGUAUUAUGUAUAUGUUUUUUGCACUACAUGUUUCAUAUCAGGCAUAUGUGUUAUUUAACUAAAAAGGCUUUUCACGAGCUGUGAAGAGUCAUCACCCCCUGGUUGAGCUUUUUCAUAAGAAUAAACGGCACGUUAUAAACUGCAACCUUUAUUUUUUAAUCAAACUUAGAAUUGCAUUUAUUAUAUGUUGUGAAUAAAGAUAUAUGUGCUCAAUCUUU